AUGCAGAAUAUUCCUCCUUUAAUCAAACUUCGAAAACGAGGCUCAGGAUUGUCAAGGCAUCUGCCCUCACGCGAACGUAAGCAAGCAAUCUUAAGAUCCAGGCUCUCCUACAGUUGUGUUAUUUAUUCAGCCCUUAUCUCUCCUCUUGAAUCACAAGUGCACGAGAAUCGGAACACCGCAGCAAUGAUAAGUCAAUGCGCACCGCUUGAUGCGACACUGGUCCAUCCUGCUUUUCUAGCUACAACCGAUGGUCGUCCACCAUAG